GCGCAGCGACUGCAUCUGGGAGUGGUUUAUCCUCUUUGUUAUCUCCAUGUCCUUGGUCGUUUUUGCUGUGGGCACCACUUCGGGCCAAGAGGUGGAGUUGAGACGAGGCACACUCACCGGCAGCGGCUUGGCGCUCCUGAAGGCAGGGCUCUCAGCCCUGGCGGCGGUGCUGACCGAGCGCCAGCUCAAGCACGGGCAGUACAAUGUUUGGGAAGCCAACACAUUGUUGAAGAUGCAGAGCUUUCUGGUCGCCUUGCUGGUCUUUGCAGCCCAGUCCAUGUCCAUGGAGGAGGCGUGUCCAGAAGACAAAGCUCUCAUCACCACCCCGUGCAUCGAUAAGAGGGGAUGGGACCUUCUCACGUACUGCGUGCUGUUUGCAGAGGUUGGAAACGGUUGGCUGUCGGUGGCCAUCCUCAAGCGCAUGUCGGCGAUCGUGAAGUUUGUGUGCAAGGCAGCGGCGGCGCCGACCCUCUACUGCCUCUACACGGUGACUCACUUCCAGGAGCACCACUUCCAGUGGGGGACCUUCCUGCCGAUCCUGGUCAUGACCGUUUUCAUCUUCCUUUAUGCGAAGCCACAGUUCUGUUGCCCACGGAGCUCUGAUGACGGAAUCAAGCCCACCAGCUCAGAAGACCAGAAGUGGGUCGGCAACUACCCAAAAGGCGCCAGUGCCGAAACAAACAUCCCCGCCGAGGACCGGCUGUAA